AACGCCCUCAACGGUUAUCAUCUUUCUCGGGUCAGAGAAAGGAAAGUACGCUGACUACGCUGAGACGCUGAGUAGUACGCGUGAAAGGCUUAUAAAUCGAUAAACAGGUGAUAAAUAUGGAGGCUGAUCAUAAAUAUUGUACGAAAAACUGUGAACGAGAGGCUGAUAGUGUUCCACAAAAUCCAGCAUUAUACGAAGCUCAAUACCGUUAUAAUAAUGUCGUAUAUAAUAUCACAGACACCUUAGAAAUACAUAAUAAGUUACAAAUGGAUAUCGAGUUCGUUCAAAAUUAUUUGAAGAAGAAUUUCUCACAGCAAAAAGUAACGAAAGUAACAGGAUCAACAUCAGACGAAGCUGAUAAGACUUUCGUUUGGACCAGACAAAAGACAAAACUACUACUAGAAUGUUAUGCAAACAGGAAAAACGACUUUCGCAAUCCCAAGUUAAGGAAGAGGACAGUAUGGGAAGAGAUCAAACAAGAUUUUGCAAAGAAGGGCCAUUGUAUUACGAUAGAUAUGCUUGAUCGCAAAAUGCGAAAUAUGAAACAUACGUACAAAACGAUACAAGAUAAUAAUAAGAAAAAUACUGUAGGUCAUAGACGUAUAUUAUGGGAAUGGUACGAAACUAUGAACAACAUUUUUCAGGAAGGUACAGAAAUUGGACACAUAUUACGAGAGAACCGGAUUGAGUGCGUAAAACGAGAAAUAGAAUCAAUCAAUAAACUAACAAUAGCUAUAGAAGAAAAUAAUCGUCUUCAAGCAGAAACAAAUAAGAUAUUUAAAGCAUUAAUUGUUAAGUUACAAGGAAACGGAAAAGGUUAAAAUUUAACUCGUAUUUACUUACGUAAAUAUUUAAAUAUUUUUUUACAAUAUACAUAACAUGUUUAUAAAUUGCGUAUUCUUUAUUUAGUAAUUAAAACUGAGCAACAAUAUUUCUACGCUUUUCUGUACCCUCCAAAAUUUGUAUUCUUUUUUUCUUUUCAUUUUAUUCAUUGAGAUGUACAU